UCAGUUAUGUUUAAGUGCUAAAAUUAACACUCCAAGGGUGUUGCUUCCUUGGUUUCCAAAUUUAAAUGUGAAUUUUACGUUUGAAAUUAUUGAAGGGGGUUGUUAUACUUGGAGUUUAUCUCGCGAUGACAUCAUUGAUUUAGAGCCUCUGUACGAGGAUAGCUGGGCGCAUUGCUCACGUGCUGCACGGGUUUCAGUGGCCAAAUCGUGCGUGCCACCAGGCUCUGUAAUCAUCUUAGCCGAAGAAGUUAACACCGGCGAGAUCCUACGUGGAGAUGUAAACAUAGAUAAAAUUAGUUCGCUGAAGGUGAUGAGUACAACAUGGAAGCUGUACUUGGAAGAAGCACCUGAGGCUUUUGAGGUUGUUGCUUAUGAUGAUGACGGCAACACAUUCUCAACCUUAGAAGGUGUGAGUUUUAUAUGGAACAUUGACAAUCUCGUUGACGGCGACGAUCCACUUGUUACUUUGGUCAGAUGGCGCGAUACAGACUACGAACCACCUCAAGGAGUGACGGAACUGGAAGCAGUAGGCCUUCGUUCCUACACAGUACUUCUAUAUGGCCAGGGAAUGGGUGAAUGUCGCGUGACUGUAUGCCUUCCGGACUCUGAAAUUUGUACUGAUUUCAGUUUACAUGUGGUUGCCAGUGUUGUGUUAACACCUGCUAUGGCCACUAUAGCGCCAGGAGAUACUUUGCGGUACAAAAUAGUGCGAGCGCGCGCCGGCAGAUUAACUAUUCAAGACAUAUCAGAAACACUGUAUUACAUGAGGGUGCCGGAAACCUCGGUGGCUUUCUUAGAAGACUCAGUAAGUCUUGUCACGGGUACAGAGAUCGGCACCACGAACGUACUACUCAUGUCUGGAAUGACUGAAGUAGCGUCAGCGACCUUAAUUGUAGCCGAACCUCAUUCUAUAAAGGUUAAGCUACGACCUGCAGAACUACUUAUUCGAGGGGAGCCUUUUUUGAUACAUGCAAUAGUGCUGGAUAAAGAUGGCCAUGCGCUUACUGCUGGUGAUAAAGUGUUGAUACGUCUCACGGCAGAAGGUGAAGCUAACGUAGAUUUGUUGUCGUCAACGGAGAAUGGAACAUUGACUGAUGCAGUUGCACGGAAAGCUGGGCCUUUGACAAUUACUGCGAAGUUAUAUUCUAUUGCUGGAAAAGUUUUGAACCGUAAGGUGGAAGGGCAAGUGUCAGCAAUAGCAAUAGAUCCAUUGGAAGUUGUGCCACCAGAACUUUAUAUAGCUUGGACUGACAGCAUUCAGGAAAUAACCUUACGACAUCGCGGCGGUGUACCCGUAAUAUGGACGGAGACAGAGCCUACUGCGUCAUACAACGCUCUCACGCUCGCACCCACGGGCGUGGUCACAGUGCGUGGAACGGGCAAUAUCGGCGUACGCGUUCAGUUGGAAAAGUACCAUCACGUUACUGCUUUUGGAAGAGUGCUAUCAGCUCCACCAGAAUUAGUUCAAGUGUCAAGCACGGGCCACGCUCGAGUGGGUCGACCACAUCAACUGCAUAUAGCUCUCACUGCUACUCACCCUGUCACUGGUGAACUAUACAACUUUAACAUAUGCAACUGUGGAACAUUUGCCGUAUCUUUGCUGGAGGGACCUGAACCUCAUAACGUAACUGCUGCGCACUGGAUACCACCAAUUGAUGGCGCGUGCUGCGUACUAGAAUGCACGUGGCCGAUGCGCGGCGUGUCCACGCUGCGAGUGUCGCGCGGGCGCAUGGGCGACACUCACCGCGUGGCCGUGCGCGCUGCGCCCACGCUGCUGUGGCCGAGGAACGCCGCGGCGCUCGUCGGGGCUACCUUGCCGGUGAUAUCGGAAGGAGAAGCGCUAACGGGUACUUCAAGCGAACCACGUGUGGCUGACAUUGUCAUUCGUGAUGGCCCACCACCGCAUCGGUACCCUGAUGCCCAAUUGUUCACACUAAAAUGCCGCAAGAAAGGCGAUUCCCGCCUCGAAUUGGUAUCUCACACAGAAGACGAGACUGAGUCAGUGGACUUUGAAAUUGCUUGCGCACCUCACGUGUCCAGAAUAAGAUUGGAACCAUCUGAAACUCCUGGAAAUUGCUCUGAAGGACCCAAAGUAUGGCUCCGCCCUGGUCACGAAGUGACAGUCAAAGUGGCUCUACUAGAUGCGAUUGGCAGAGAAUUACUCGACGAGCGUGGGCCCAAAGUCACUUGGGACGUAAAGCCUCAUCAUAUUGGCAUUGAUUAUAAAGCUAUUGACAGGUUACUUGUUGAAAGUCAUCCGGACUAUGACCCUGUACCUGUGCCUUUUAAGUAUUACCAGAUUGUCAUGGCAAGUGAACAAGCGAUCGGAUGGAGUGGAGCGUUGAUAGCCAGUAUACCUGAUGCGACAGCUAGCAUUCAAGCUAAAGUAGUCGCCCCACUACGCGUUGAACCUUUGAAGGUAAACAUAGCUUGGGAAGCUGAAACAGCGUCAAACAUCGCGACAGUGACGGGCGGAAGUGGUCGUUACAGCGUAGAGACACCGGCGGGCGUAAGUGGUUUUGUCCAAGAUGGCUCGUUGGGCAUGAGCGUACCCGCGCCUGGUAAUUACGACCUUAUCAUCACGGACUUAUGCGUGAGCGAACGGCAAUUGAUUGAGGUAACCAUAGAAGAAGUGUUAAGUGUAGAAGUAUCGACUUCUCGCGCAGUUUGCGUCGGUAGUUGCGUGCCUAUUAUAGCGCUAGUCAAAGGUGUAUCGCAUAGAUAUUUGACUGCUACCCGGUCGCCUGAAUGGCGUGUGUCAGGGAACGUCAAUAUCAAGGAGGGUACUAUUUGCGGAUUGAAAGAAGGUUCCGGACGAGUUCGCGCUUCUCUUGGUGGUGUUUGGAGCCCUGAAGUUGAAAUAUUGGUGUUCCCACCUUUAAAAAUAAUCCCGGAAAAAGCACGUCUCCCGCCAGGAGCGCGCUUGCAGCUGAGACACCAGGGAGGCCCCCCAUCGCACCUCGCUUCUCUUCAGUACAAAGCUGUAUCAGGAGUUAACUAUGUUGAGGUCUCAUCAAUAGGAUCUGUCCACGGUGUAUCAUUAGGAAAGUCGGGAAUCAAGCUUGUGGCUACAGACGUUGCAAAUGUUGAGAUGGCUAGUGCACUGUCUGAAGUCGAGGUAGUACCAAUAUCAGGGCUUCGCGUUCGCGCUGCUACUCAAACGUUGCUAGUGGGCAACCCUAGUCCAGUAUGGAUAGAAGCCAUAGGGCUUACAGCGGCGUCAUUGGGGUCUCUUUCACCAGUACCUAGAGUCACAUUUAGCGUGCGAGAUCCAGCCUCUGCUAGACUAUAUACUUCACAUGUUGACGAUAUGUUGGAACGAUCGGUAGCCGAAGGUCUGUCUGUGAGAGUGGUACCGUUGAAAGCGGGUCUUAUUACGAUCGACGUUAGAGUACGCAACAUGGGACAGGUGGCAGAAACGCGUUCUUGGGACAGCACAAUAGAGAUCUUAGCCAUAUCAGACAUCCGAACUUCAAUAGAAGGAUUAACCAAAGAACUUUCUACCAGCGAUCGUAUAGCUAUUACUCCUGGCUCUGUUAUACGACUGAAAACUCUGCCUAGAAGUAACUGGAAGGCUUAUACGGACGGAGUCUUUGAAUUGACUACUAAUGGUGAAAUAAAGGCGUUGACCCCGGGUUAUGGUGUUAUCGUAGCACAACAUAACGAUGAGAGGAACAACGUUUAUAGAGAAUCUGUCAUCCACGUAGAAGUAGCAACACCGCAUUACUGUACAGCCGAGCCAAGCGGUGAAGAGGGCGAGACGGCCGUCCGACUAGUGAUGCGAAACAACGUCGGUAGGGAGUUACUCGCGCCUGAUGCAAAUGUGUCUGUUAUAUCGCCUAUUCCUGCUCAUGUUCGACGUGCUACUAACAGCGCUUUCGGCAACGAAAUUUUACUCGCCGAUUUGGACUCGACUGGCGCGUUCAUGGUUUUCCAAGGCGUUGCUAGUGGCGUGACUGUUGGCGAUGAAGUAUGGGUCACUGGUACGGAUAUGCGCUCUGAUAGAGUUGUUGCUAUUGGCGGUUGGGCGAUAUGUCUCGAAGGCGUGGGUUGGCGAGCUCCUCCCGGCGUAACUCUUCACCAAGGCAGCGGUGUCACUUUAGCUGUACUCAGCCGUGAUGUGUCCGCUAAGCAUGUAUUGCGCAUGGACCGCAGUACCAACAUUUAUACUGUGCAUCAAAUUCCCAUACAAAAGUUUGAGUUCGUUCCCGGUGAAUGGCCAUCGGCAAUGGUGCCUCUCUCCAUCGAGUCAUCCGGUUUAAUAUCUGGGCCCCUACUAUGCGUCGAAGACCAAAAAUACGCGUUAGAAGGCGUGCAAGUCGAACUUCCGUUUAAAUGUCGAACGAAACCGCCGCAUACGGCCCAGGCAGUUUUGGAUAUUGCAAGUGGUCAGCUCGGCUGUUCAAUAAUCCCAACAUCACCAAUAACAGAAGCUUCCGAAGUAGAACUAUGCGCGGAAUGGGAUGUCUACCGUACAUGUACACGAGUAUUAGUCUUACCACCCAUAAAAGUCUCUUCAAACACGCUGUCACUAGGAGAAGCUAACCCAAUUUUCAGUAUAACCGGACAUCCUUUAGCCUUGAAAAGCAUACGUUAUGCUGUAUCACCCGGACUGAAGAUCGAACCUAACGUAAAGGAGAACGAAAUAAAUGUAUUAGUGAAGGCUGAAGUUGUCGCAUGUGGUAUUGGCUGGGUGAUAGUAAAAUCGAAGUUGACUGCACAGGAUGUAAGGGUGGAAGUGGACAGAGAAUGUGACAUGACAUGCGGAACGUUGCUGGGAGCUGUGAUUUCGCUUAUGAUGCCUUACCUUACGACUCUCGUGUCCAUCGCCGCGGUCGCUGCGGGAUUAUUAUUUUUACAAACAAAAAUGCAACAAAAGUCCAACAUCACACUUAACAAAGAGCCGCCUCCGUCAGUUUUACCUCCUGAGUCAACCCCGCCCCUCAACCGUUCACGUACGUGGGCCCGCAGUCCAUACGCAUCAUCCGGCCCCUCAGUGCCCGUAUACGGCGAUGCUAGUGUCCUACCAGAUAACAGUUUCUCGCCUAAUUCAACACGGAUGCAUUCAAGGUUUCUAUAGCAGUGAUAAUCUCAUUUUACUCAUCUAAGUAAGUGUUUUAGUGUUAUUUGAACUUUUUUGUGUUUUUAACCCUCACUGGGCUUUAUAAUUUGUAGAUGUAAGAAUAGGACCAUUCGCAAGUUAUCGUAGUAUUUAAAAUGAGUUACGCGUACACUGAGCCACAGACUAAGCUAUAUAUACCAUCGCUUGUUUUAAAUAUGAAUUAGAACGCUAUGAAAAUGAUGUAAAGAAAAGUUGUCAAGAAAGAAUUUUGACAUAUUGUGUAUCUUUAGAUGUGACUCGAGUGUACAGGAAGUAUUUUUUCCGAUUCUUAAAAACUUAUGGUGAUCCGUAUCCGUAGAACGAAAACAGAACAAUUUUAUUCAAAGUAUUGUAUUACACUUUAUAUAUACGUGCCGAAAUAUUUGUGUCCAUGUAAAAUAUCCGUAUGAAACUUGGAUAAACGCCCUACAUUCACUUACAUAUUUAGCUUAGAGGUCACAGUUGUGAUUAGUAUGUAUUUUUAAAUAGUUAUGAUAUUGCAUGACGCUGUUUUGCACUACCAAGCAUUUAUGUACCAAAAAUUUUGUUCAAAUUGAUAGUAUUAAAAUGCAGCGUUGUGUGAUAUCGUGUCAAAGAUCCUAUCAAUAAAUUACGUCACGUAAACGCGGGCUUUGGACCCUUCUCUCUUUCAUGUCACAUUCGACCUAGUCACACUUGCCACUACCUCUGGGCACUGUAUUACAUUUCUGUACCCCAUAUGAAAGUGACGUAUUUUUUGAAAGGUCCUUAAAUCAGGGUCGAAUUUCCAACGUAACUUUCCUGCACUGUUAAGGAGUUCACUGUAUCAAGCGAGUGCAUAUGGUCCUAGUUUCUCAUCUUUUAUAUUUAAAUACCUUUUGCAACUAAUUAUGUACAGGCAGGACACGUAAAACAAGCAUUGUAGAAAAUUUUGUCUUAAGUCAUUUAUUGGUAUUAUAGCGUUAAAAUUUAUAGUUUAAAAAGUUGACUACGUAAUUAACCACAACUCCACAUACUAUAUAAGUUUAAAGCUGUAGGGAAACAAAAACUUAAUACAUAAUGUUAUUAAAUAAUUUUCGGUUACUUGGAUGACAAAAAUCUCGGAUCAGGUCUUUUCUACUCAUGUUAUUUUUUAAAUGUUUUAUUCAUUACUCUCAGGAGAAUCAGCCCGAUAAAUCAUUAGUCUAGUAGGCAAUGUUUAAUACAUUUGACCAGUUACCUAACCAAUCAAGUUCUUAAGGUAGUACAGUCGAUGCCCUAAGAUACCAGACCCCCUAGUGGACCUUUUUCUUCUGAGACCCUUCUUACGUAUUCAAUACAUAAGUAUAAAGGAAUCCCAAUUUUUGUUUAAAAUUUGUAUUUGUGUAACGUAAUUAAAGAUCAAAUCAGUUUAAAAAGUUUCUUAAAACGUCAUUCACUAAUGAUCCAAGAAGGAAGUCAUAUCAAAAUAAUUUUAGAGAUUAAGUUUAUUUAACAUUUUUUUUCGCACUGAUCCAUUCAGAACUAACGAAACGUUUAAACGAAAAGUACUUAAAAAACACUUUUCAAUUUAAGCGAAAGCGUUGGUCAGUUCAAUACUCAACAAUUACAACGUGCUUAUGUUUUCAGUCCCGACAUCUGUUUCCUAACCAAAUUAAUUCAUCAAUGUUAAUAAUUUUAAAAAUGAAAAUAAAACUCAAGUUUUACAAAUAAACUUACUUAUCUUUAAACCUUCAGUGGUUGCUCUUACUUUUCGUUAUCAAUAAAACAUU